CUUAAUGACCGUUGCCCAUAGCGACGUCGUCUCCGAGCUGGCAGAUAUCGGCGGCGGUCGUUUUGUAAGAUUAGUUACUUUAAGUAUUCAUAUGUAUUAACGCAGUAGAGUUUUAAAAGUGGCAAGAUAAACGAUUUACUUACAUACAUGCAUAAACUGGAUAUUUAAAGUGUCAAGUGUCGACAUUUUUUAUAGUGAGGAGAUUUAAAAAAGAUUUUAGAAGUUUUAAAGAUUUUGAGGAAACAUUUAAGACCAUAUCAUAAUGACGACCGUCGGCGUUGAGCCCGUGCAGGUGACGCGUGUGAACCCCAUGAACAUCCCCUCGUAUUCCUACCAGUACCCCUCGUUCCAGAGGGUGCAGUUGGCGGCGGUCAAGGAAGGGCUCUUCCACCCGCGCCUGCCCUCCUUCCGCCGGAUGGACAUGGACACCGCCGGGCACAAGCUGCCCGACGAGCACUGUCGGACCACCACCAUGUGCGGACCAGAAGACUUCCAUCGUGCCACAUCCACGCUGUUCGAGCCUCCCAAGAGACGCAUGUCCGCCCUCGCAAUAACAGAGACGGGAAAGCAGAUCCACAGACAGUACACAACUCCAGAGGAACUGAAGCGAUCUCGUACAGAGUGGUCGAACUUCCUGAAUCGCUCCCCCGAGCGCUUCAACAUCAAGUUCCCUGAUCUACCUAGCGAAAAGGACCAGCGCUUUGUGGGGUACGCCGUCCGCUACCUGCGACCGGAAGUGACCAAAUCAUGGAGGUAUACGCUGAACCAGGAACCGACGCUUGACCAGUAUGGACAGCGACCAAUGCCCGCCAACGUCUUUGCUCGCUAUCGAGACACCUACCCGCAGUACAGCCGGAACAUCGCCACGGAAGCCUGGAGAUAGGCUGGUUCCCGACUAGGAAACGAAUUAAACUGUUUUGUUUUUGUAUUAGAAAAAAACGUAGUAACCGUAAACUGUGUUGAUACAUUUAUCUUUUACUGCAAAGCAACAUCCCAUAGACUAUUUGAUUAAAUUUGCUCCUUUAGCCAAA